GGGCAGUUGCGCUUAGCUUGAAGAGAGCGCCGUGUAUUUCUAAAAAACAGGGGAGGGGGGUGGGAGGAAAGCGCGGAUGACGAUUCGUUCUCGCCUGGGGGGGAGGUGUUGCACUUUGGAGCCGGCCUGCCGUGCCAGCACAAGCAUGGGCGUGCAAUUGAAGGAGGGGGAAGGGAUCAGGGCAGGAGGGGGGGGGGAUCGCCUAUCACACAGCAGGUGCAGAUGCUUUCUCGGAAGAGAGUAGGGGAGAGGGAGAGAGGGGGGGAGACACAGGGACAGACAGGCGGGUGGGCCCUUGCCAGGAACAAGCGUGGAGAGGACCACAUGUGGACAAGCACGGAGUGGGAAGAGGCAGAACAUGCAAUGCAUAACAGGAUACGGGGGAGCGCAUGCACCGGAGGAGGGAACUGGGAGGUGCGCGCGUCCCCCUUUUGUGCUAUUUUCCCUCGGAGGGAGGAGGGGAAACCGGCUGGGAGGGAGGGGGGGGGGAUAGUACUGAACAGGGGGGGGGGGAAUCUCAAGGGCAGCCUCCAGCGGAGAGGAAGAGGAAAGAGGAGGGAGGAGGGAGGAGGGGGGGGUAGACGCUCAUGGGGGGCGGGGAGCGGGGAGAAGAGGCUGCAGCCUUCUCGAGCGGCGGAAAUCUGAAGGGUAUGUCGGGGAGAGGGACAGAGAGAGGGAGAGAGGGAGAGAA